AUGGAUGUGAACUCAAUUGAUAUUGAAAAUAAUGAUCAAAAAACGCAUAUCAAUGAUACUGCCGACAAUAAUGAUAAUAUCAAUCUAAAUGACAAAUCAAAUGAUGCUACUACAGGAUCCGAUACUGAUAUCGAACAACCUAACAAUGAUACAGAAUCUACUGAAAAAUCUGAUAACGAAGAAGACAUGGACGAUGCAGAUACUGACGAUGACGAUGAGGAUGACGACGAAGAUGAUGACGAUGAAGAUGAAAACCCACCUUUACUAAAAUAUACAAGAAUUACAAAAUUACCGCAGAACUUCUUCCAAAGAGAUUCUAUAUCAGCUUGUCACUUUUACGAUAAUAUCUUCUUAUUCGGUACACAUUCCGGUCUUUUACAUAUAACUUAUCCUGAUUUCACAACGAUUAGGACCUUAAAAUGUCAUAGAUCAUCAAUAUUAUCGAUAGAUACAGAUGGUUCGUAUUUCAUAACGGGUUCAAUUGAUGGCACCGUAGUAAUUGGAUCCAUUGAGAAUGAAUCAGACAUCAUUGCCUUUGAUUUUAAAAGACCAAUCAACUCUGUGGUCUUAGAUAACGAUUAUAAGAAUUCAAAAACAUUCCUAUCUGGUGGAAUGGCAGGAGAUGUAAUAUUAUCACAAAGAAAUUGGUUAGGAAAUAGAGUAGAUACCAUCCUAAUUCCAAAACAUUCCUCGAAGGGAUCAUCAUCAUCUUCUUUUUCAGUUUUAAAACAACCCAUACUGGGGAUCUUUAAGUUGAACGAUGUCUUGAUCUGGAUUAAUAAUGAAGGAAUCAUUUUCUUAGAUAUACCAACACGUACUACAUUAUUAACACUAUCAUUGAAAGAUUAUUUACAGACCGAUGGCUAUGAUAAGGAAAAGGAUCUACCUAUAGAUCUAUUCAAACCAUAUGUGCACCACCUUGAAAAUUCAAGAAUUAUAAUCGGCUGGUGUAAUAAUAUUUGGUCGUUCAAAGUAACUUCAUCAAAUUCAAAUUCACGAAAGAAAAGACAUCAAACAUCACGAACAUCAUCUUCAUCAUCUCAACCACGACUGGACAAUAAACGCUUCAAUGCAACAACCACUAAUAGUAAUAUAGGUUCGAUACUAUCAAGUGCAGCAUCAAGUUUUAGGGGAACUCCAGAACAGACUGUAGAAUUGGAAUACCACUUCAAGAUAUCGAUGUUACUGUCAGGGAUAGCCUCAUUUAAAGACGAUCAAGUAAUGUGCCUUGGAUUUGAUAUCAUCCAUUCCGAUUUUACCGAAGAGAAAAUGGAAAUAAAACUGAAAUCUUUACCACCUCAAUUAAAAAUAUUCGAUUUAACCACAUCUGACGAAAUAUAUCAAGAUGAAAUUGUUUGUAAAAAUUUCCAAAACUUAUCAUUGAAUGAUUAUCAUUUAGGUAAAUUUAUACCACCAAAUGACGAUGGGGGUAAUCCACCACAAUAUUUUUUGAUUAGUUCAAGUGAUGCAAUUAAAAUCCAAGAAUUCAAAUUAAAAGAUCAUUACGAUUGGUAUAUUGAAAAAAAUGAGUUUGGUAAAGCUUGGGAUAUUGGGAAUUAUGCUGUUUCACCAAAGGAAAGAUUUCAAGUAGGAUUAAAGUACAUUGAUAAAUUAAUCCAUUCUAUUGCGGUUUCCAAUCCAAAUAAGUCUGCGGCAAUGUCGGUAUCUACAGCAGCACCAACAACACAUAAUACUAUAUCUGAAAAAAUAUCUUCAAUUUUCGAGCAGGCAUACAAUGGCAGUAAAGAGGUAAAUGAUGAAGAACUUAAUGAAUUUAUAAAGGAUAAUUGGUCAAGGAUCAUUAGCAAAUUUUUAGAUUUUGGGAAAAUUGAUUUGAUAGUCAAUAAAGUACCCCAAGAACCUAAAUUGGAUACAACAAUUUAUGAUUCAAUAUUAGAUUAUUAUUUAGACAAUGGCAAUAGCUUGAAGGGAAUUAAUGAAUUUAUUGAAAUUCUUGAAAAAUGGUCGAAAUAUUCAUGUUUUUCAACAAACUAUUUUGAAGAAAAAUUGGAACACAAAAUUGAAUUACAUAACGAGCUCGAAAUAUCGUAUCGUAAUGCUGUUAUAUUAUUAUAUCUACACGAACAACGAUAUUCCAAAGCAAUUAUUCAUAUGAUUAAGACUAACGACCAACGAAUAUUUGAUAUAUUAUCUACUCAUAACUUGUUAACACAAUUCUUAGAUCAAAUUAUCAAUAUAAUAUUAUUACCGUACUUCAGAAACAAUAUCGAGAAUGACACUUCGAAGAUUAAUAACUUAUCGAACGACGAGAUUGAAGCUGUAUUUUCUGAUUCUAUUCAGUUAAUUGCCAGCAAUAGAAAUAGAAUAUCCAUAUCAAAAUUGAUCAAAAGGUUUCAAAAAUUUCCUAAUUUAUCAAGAAUACUAUUUGUCAUUCUUCGGAGGCUAUCCAAAGUGGAUCCUCAGUUAAUAACUCAAUACGAGACUGAAUUAAUUGGAUUAUACAUUAAAUUUGACAAACCGAAUCUGUUACAAGUUUUAAAAACAAAAUCAAAUUAUGACAUUGAAAAAGUGAUAGAAUUAUGUUCAAAAGAGGAAAAUCUCUAUAAUGAAUUGAUUUUCCUAUGGGGUAAAAUAGGUGAAACUAAAAAAGCUCUAUCAUUAAUAAUCGAUGAAUUAAAGGAUCCAAAUUUAGCCAUCGAUUUUGUUAAGAGUUGGGGAGAUUCUGAACUAUGGGAAUUCAUGAUUCAAUACAGUUGGAAUAAACCUGCAUUUAUUACGGCUUUGUUAGAAUAUCCUGAUGAAUAUAAUGAGACUUACAUCAAAGUCAUUAAAGGAAUGAGGAAUGAUGUUGAAAUUCCAAGUUUAAGUAAAACUGUGGGAAAAAUUACUAGAGAAAAUUUCUUGAGUUUAAAAGUAAAUAAGAACAUCUAUCAAAUUGUUGACGAUGAAACGACAGGUUAUGCCAUUGAUUUUUUAAAAUUGACUCAAAAAGGUAAAAUCUUCCAAAAUAAUGAUGAUGACGGAAUUGGUCUAUGA